CAAAAGAAUGCGUUGAUUUUAUUUUUGAGGUCAUUCAUCAACAACACGAUUUUACCCGAUGCGCAACCGAACGGGACCGAACGUCAUACGAAACGGAAAGAAGGGCGAUGUUGCAUUAGCGAAGAAAGACAGCUGUCGUUUCAUUUUCAGCUGAUUUCUGUGUACGCUGGUGAGCACUGCAAACUUGACCUGCGAUCGAAGCCUUGCGCGACUGCCAGAGUCCCAUCGUCGAGUCGACAGCAUCGGAUCGAGAACGAGAAGGCGUCGCGAGAGAACAACGGAGAAGCAUCAUUCUGCAGCGACGAACAAAGAGAGAUGGUCUAUUGAGUGCGGGCAGUGCGUAGCGGGCGGCCGUGACGUCACGAGGCCGCAGCGUCGAGUCCGAUGCGGCGGGCGCGCUCGUGAUCUCGGCGCUCCGGGGAGCGCGGCGAGGACGCGCAGCGGAGCGGGCCAGCCUGGCCUCCACUGACUCGGGGUCGGGGGACGAGGGCGCAGGCCACCGGCCGCCGCGCAAGCGGACCCGCAGGCUGUCGCCGCCCGCCCAGCCCGCAGCCAUGCAUCAGCCGCACCAGCCCGUGGCCAACGGCGCGCCGCACCACCUCAACGGCGACGCGGCCGCCAGCAACGGCGACGUGCAGCCGCCGGGCCUGCGCAUGAGCCAGACGGACCAGGAGAUCGUGCGCCUCAUCGGCCAGCACCUCAUCUCUGUUGGACUCGAACGCAGCGCGGCUCUCCUGAUGGAGGAGUCGGGGCUGCACCUGGAGCACCCGGCGGCGGCCACGUUCCGGCAGCACGUGCUGGCCGGCGACUGGGUCAAGGCCGACCACGACCUGCGCGCGCUGCACGACCUGCUGCGCGACUCGCCGCACGUCGACCCCCACAACCUGGCCGAGAUGAAGUUCGUGGUGCUGGAGCAAAAAUACCUGGAGCAUCUGGAGGCGGGGCGCGCGUUGGACGCGCUGCACGUGCUGCGGAACGAGCUCACGCCGCUGCAGUUCGACACGGCGCGCGUGCAUCGCCUGUCCGCGCUCAUGAUGUGCGCCGACCCCGGCGAGCUGCGUGCCCGGGCCGCCUGGGCCGGCGGCGCCGCCCGCGCUGGGGUGUUGGCGUGCGUGCAGCAGGCGCUGCCGCCGGCGCUGAUGAUGCCGCCGGCGCGGCUGCGGGCGCUGCUGGCGCAGGCCGCGGCGCACCAGGCGGCGCGCUGCCGCUUCCACGCCGAGCCGCGCGCCGACCCGCGCCCCGACCACGUGCCCUUCACGCUGCUCGCCGACCACCACUGCGAGCCCGACCGCUUCCCCAUACACUCGCUGCAGGUGCUAAACGAGCACUGCGACGAGGUGUGGUACUGCAAGUGGUCGCCGGACGGCAGCAAGCUGGCGUCGGGCUCCAAGGACAACACCGUCAUGAUAUGGGACUUCGAUCCCGUCGCCAGACGUCUCACGUUUAGGAAGUCGCUGGAGGGGCACUCGUACGGCGUUUCGUUCGUGAGCUGGAGCCCCGACGGGCGCUUCCUGCUGGCCGCCGGGCCCGAGGACUGCCCCGACCUCUGGAUAUGGAACAUGCAGACGGAGCAGCUUCACCUGAAGAUGUCUCACUCGCAAGAGGACUCCCUGACGGCGGUGGCGUGGCACGCGGGCAGCGACAAGUUCGUGUGCGGCGGCGCGCGCGGACAGUUCUACCACUGCAGCCUCGACGGCGCGCUGAUCAACAGCUGGGACGGCGUGCGCGUGAACGCGCUGGUGUGCCGCGGCGACGGGCGCACAGUGCUGGCCGCCGACACGCACCACCGCGUGCGCGCCUACGACUUCACCGACCUCACCGACCGGAACGUGAUCCAGGAGGAGCACGCGGUGAUGGCGAUGACGCUGAACGCGGCCGACACGCUGCUGCUGCUCAACGUGGCCAACCAGGGCGUGCACCUCUGGGACAUACGUGCGCGCGCACUGGUGCGACGCUUCCGCGGCUUGAGUCAAGGCCACUUCACCAUCCACGCCUGCUUCGGCGGCGCGCACCACGACUUCGUGGCCUCCGGCAGCGAGGACAACAAGGUUUACAUCUGGCACAUAAACGGCGAGGAGCCGAUCGCGGUGAUCUCGGGACACACGCGCUGCGUCAACGCCGUGGCGUGGAACCCGGCGCACCACGACGCGCUCGCCUCGGCCUCCGACGACUACUCGCUGCGGCUGUGGGGCCCGCGCCCCAAGCACUCCUAG